AUGGUACAGUUUUUGGAGAAACUCGUCACCGUCUCUGGAGCUGCCACCGGGGGUUGGAGCCAGGCCCCACUGCCCAGGCGCUCCCCGCUAUCUGUGCGAGGACGGGAAGGAGGGGACCUGUCACCCGGAUCAGACCUCCUUCCUCCACUUGGGAACCUUGAGUCCGGCCUCUGGGAUGCAGAAACCCGCCCCCCCACGGCGCAGCGGGAAUCGGCGGGGUGGGGGCGAUCGGGGCGGGGCCGCCGCGAGGAUGGGCGGGACGGGGGCGGGGCGGCGGGCGGCUCCUGGAACUGCCAGAGCUGGGCACCUGCGAAUGUGCCAUACCCGCGCUACCGCUGCUGCUGCUGCCUACUGCCCAGCGAACUGGGCCAGGUGCUGCUGGUGGCCGGGCAAUGUGAAGCGGCCCCCCACAGUGUAGCCGGAUCACCCGGGAUGUGGCUCAAGCCCAAGGAGGUGCUGGUGAAGAACCCUGAAGCUCUGGGUGGCCCAGAGGAGCAGCAGCUACUAGAUGCCACAGCAGCGCCGCGGGCACAGCGAGGGGAUUGGCCACCUCAGCGCCGCUGCCGCCGCUUCCUCCAGAGCGAGCUGGGCCACGUGAGGCCCUGGCCCCGGCUCCGUGAACAGGGGCACCAGAAGAAAGGGAAAGAAGCCCGACGAGGUGCUGCUGAAGGACGCCCUGAAGCUCUGGGUGACCAAGAGGAGCAGCGGCUCCUUCAUCCUAGAGCAGCGUGGCGGGAGGCUUGUGAGUUACAAGAGAAAAAGGAAUAAGUUCAUGGUGCAGAGCCCAAGCAGACACUAACUUAAGAGACCAAGUGAACAUCACCAGGAGUGGAACAAGUUGAAAUUGUGUCCACCUGAGAGGAUGUGAUGCAUAGCAUUCCUUCUGUGAGGCUGGCCAGAGACUUUAACCUGAAUCUAAUGAGCGUCAGCUAAGCCAAAACUGGGAUUUGAUGCUGAAGAACUGGCCAGUAAUCUUUGAAGCCGUCAAGCUCACGAAAGUCAAAGGGUGUUGAGGAUGCAACCCAGUGCCUCCCACAUGCCAGACAGGUUCUGUGCCACUGAUCCCCAGCCCAAGUCCCCA